CAUGACUCCACGCUAGCCCUUGCUGCUUUCUAUAUCAACUUUACCGUAUCAGUCUUCAUUCUAAAAACGCUGCGGAUGGAAUUUCUUCAUACUUGAAAUAUAAUAUAAUCUAGACUUGUAGGACUUUGUUUCAGGUGAAAGGAAAGUAGAUUCGCUCUCUCUGAGGUAUGCAUCAAGCAGCAGCUGUUUUUCUGCUGGCAUUCUCAGCAGCUACCCAGGCACUGGACAAUGGUCUGAUGAGGACCCCACCCAUGGGCUGGUUGGCAUGGGAACGAUUCCGCUGUGAUAUUGACUGUGACAAUGACCCGCAAAAUUGUAUUAAUGAAGUGCUAUUCAGGGACAUGGCAGACAGGCUGGCUGAGGACGGUUGGAGGGAGCUGGGUUAUGUCUACGUCAACAUUGAUGACUGCUGGUCUUCGAAGACAAGGGAUGCGAAGGGCCGCCUCCAGCCCGAUCCAAAGAGGUUUCCAGGUGGUAUCGCUAAACUGGCGCGUUAUGUCCAUGACCGUGGGCUGAAGCUGGGUAUCUACGGAGACAUGGGCACUUACACCUGUGCAGGGUACCCUGGCACCACCCUGGACACAAUUGAGACGGAUGCUCAGACCUUCGCCGAGUGGGGCAUCGACAUGCUGAAACUGGAUGGCUGCUUUUCCAACUCCAGUGUACAGGAACAGGGCUACCCACUCAUGUCAAAAGCUCUCAACGCCACUGAUCGCCCCAUUGGUUAUUCCUGUAGCUGGCCUUGCUACCAGGGUGGUCUUCCUCCAAAAGUGAACUACACCAUACUUGGAGAGAUCUGUAACUUGUGGCGUAAUUAUGGAGACAUUGAGGACUCUUGGGACAGUGUCCUAAGCAUCGUGGACUGGUUUACCGACCAUCAGGACAUCAUCCAGCCAGCAGCUGGUCCGGGACACUGGAAUGACCCUGAUAUGUUGAUCAUUGGAGAUUAUGGCCUCAGCAUGGACCAGUCACGUUCUCAGAUGGCAUUGUGGGCAAUAAUGGCUGCUCCUCUCUUCAUGUCCAGUGAUUUGCGGACCAUAAACAGUGGGGCACGUGCUAUACUUCAGAACAAAGCUGCUAUCGCCAUCAACCAGGACCCCUUAGGCAUCCAAGGCAGACGCCUGAUAAAGGAGAAGAGUGGUAUAGAUGUUUUCUGGCGUCCACUGUCGAACCAAGCAAGUGCGUUGGUCUUCUUCAGCCGAAGGACUGACAUGCCAUACCGCUACCAUACGUCUCUAAAGGCCCUCAAUUACACUAAAGGCACCUAUAUGGUGUAUGACGUGUUCUCACAGAAGGUCCAGCCCAUGCUGAAGGACACCACAGAUUUUGUCGUCUCCAUCAAUCCCACGGGAGUAGUCAUGUGGUAUGUGUUCCCGGCUGCUGGCUGGCAGGCAGAGGCAGAGUCUGUUCACUUCACUGAGAUACUGAAAAGAAUGAUGCUCUAUCAAAGGGAAGAAUAUGCUGAUUCCCUAACAGAACUCUGAACUGGUGUUUUGCAAAUAGCUGCAGUAUCCAAAACUGGUACAGCUACUGUCUUUGGCAUAGCACUGAAAUAACUGUACUGUAAACACUUAUACUUGCAAAACGUUGUCCCAUUCUUUAGUAGUCUAUCUUACAGCACUGAAUAAAUGUUUGAAUGAAGCUAUUUAAGUGUUUUUUGUUGGGGUUUUUUUUUUUGUUGGUUUUUUUCUCAAACUUAUGCAAGCUGCUCUGGUGCUGAGCUAUAUGAAGGUUACAUUUUCAACACUUAAUUUUGAACUUCUCAGUGUUUAAUUUUUGUUAAACUGAGAAUAUUCCAUCUUGAGGCAGUAAUCUGAUUUGAAUUACCACAUCACUUUCUAAGCAGACGGUAGAAGCAGCUUUUCAUGCAUAGGUAUGAAAGGCUUGUGCAUAGAUUCAGAAUGCAAGCCAUAGAAACCUAGUGGUCAGGACUUUGGGCCAUCAAUCGGAAGGUUGUCGGUUCAAAUCCUGGCUCUGCUAUGCGACCACUAUUGGGCCCUUGAGUGAAGCCUUAACCCUCCCAGCUCCAGGGGUGCAGGACAUUGGCUCACCCUACGCUCUGACCACAACUCACAAUGAAGACUGCAUUUUGUUGCCUUGUACUUAUACUAAGCAAUGACACAAAUUUAAUCUUAAUUUCUCAAUUAAUUAAUUUUGACAGAGCACAUUGUUCAGUUGCCUCUUUUAGUUUUUAUAAAGAUGUCAGGUUUUAUUUUUAUACCCAUUAACUUUGUGGAAAUAUUUGGGUGCUGUGCCAGCAGUGUGUAUUUUACUAUGUAAGAUCAGGGUACAGUGUUUGGAUAGCAGCUGUUUGCAUUAUACUGGACCUUAUUAGGCCAAUCAGGUCAAUGCGGUCCGCUUGGACAUCUGUGUCCAGCACUUCCUGCUCAGGGGCAAUCUGCAAGUGAAAUUGCUUGCAAUCAACUCUUCAGAAAGGAAAGGACUUGACUCAUAAUUUUGGUAGGGUUUGGGUUUUCUUUCCAAAUUUAUAAUAUAUUCCAGAUUAUAUUAGCUAACUAGUUUUAUAUGGAUUAGAACUGAAUUUGAAUCUUGGCUCUUUUUGGACAUGUCUUUUGCAUCAUCAUGCAUUUGUUUCCUGCUUUGACCAAGCCAAGCAUUGUCAUAAAUAUACCAUACCACUCACUGCAUAAUUGUUUCUUUAGAAAUUGUCACUUUAUAUUGUGAAUAAAAGUUUGAUCUUUUUAAUGUU